UUGUGAACCUACGGUAUUCUGCGGCGUAUGAGAUCGCUGCUCCAUUCGGUGCGUGCUGCCCCUCUUGUAACCGUAACGACCACCACCACCUGCUUUCUUUCGCUCACUAAUCACUAUUUCAUAGGGGUGCGUACCGUUUCCCUCCGGCGCAAACUGUCUCUCUCUGUUUCUUUCUUUGAAAACUCAUUUGGUUUUUUUGGCGUCUCUUUGUCAAAUUCCUUGGUUUUUUCUCUCUCUCUCUCUCGUGCUCUUCGUCAACAUUCAUGACCCAUUUGCUAGGGUUUUAGACCCGUCCCUACGAUAUCGUUUCCUCCAUUUUAGGGUUUUCUUUUUAUUUUCUUCUCACUUUUUGCGACCAUGGGUGAGUGGCAGCAGCUUCUGCAAUCAAUCUUACUGGGUCUCAUUUUCUCUUACCUCCUCGCGAAGCUCAUCUCCAUUGUCGUGUCUUUCAAGGACGACAAUCUCAGUAUUACUCGAGCUCGCACCGCCGGCUCCGAUCAAAACCGGCCCGAAUCCGAUUCGAAAGACGAACUACCUGGGGGAGAUUUGGGCGCAGCUCUCGAAGUCGAUUCGGUGAUCGCCGAGCACGGUAGCGUUAGGAAUGAGAGCGUACAUGCUAGCGACGUUGAUGACGAUGAUGAUUGGGAAGGAGUGGAGAGUACGGAGUUGGACGAGAUGUUCAGUGCCGCCACUGCUUUUGUGGCGGCCGCGGCGGCCGACCGCCUCUCGCAGAAGGUCUCGACUGAUGUGCAGUUGCAGCUUUAUGGGCUCUAUAAGAUCGCCACCGAGGGACCGUGUAGCACACCUCAGCCAUCGGCGUUGAAAAUGACAGCUCGAGCCAAGUGGCAAGCAUGGCAAAAAUUGGGUGCUAUGCCUCCAGAAGAAGCAAUGCAGAAGUACAUUGAUAUUGUUACCGAGCUAUAUCCUUCAUGGGUUGGAGGUAUGACCACGAAGAACAAAGGUGGAGAUGAUGAUGCACUUGGUGUGGAUUCCAAAGGACCAAUGGGACCAGUUUUCAGCACUUUUGUUUAUGAGGAGGACUCUGGAAAUGAUUUCAAGAUGGAUGCUAUUCAUGGUUUUGCCAGAGAAGGAGAAGAAGAUAAUUUGCUUAAAGCUAUUGAAAAUGGUGUCUCAGUGCAUCUGAAAGACAGUGAAGGUCGUACUCCAUUGCAUUGGGCUGUAGAUCGAGGUCACAUUAAGAUGAUAGAACUUCUUGUUAGCAAGAAUGCCGACAUCAAUGCAAAGGACAAUGAAGGCCAAACCCCAUUGCAUUAUGCGGCUGUGUGCGAGAGAGAAGCCAUUGCUGAAUAUCUUGUGAAGCAAAAUGCAGACACCAGCGUAAAGGACAAUGAUGGAAACACUCCCUGUGGUCUUUGCGACUCAAAUUGGCCUUGGAUGCAAUGGUCAAGCAAAUAGAUUGACUGGAAUUCUUUUUUCUUUUUGGGGUCUUUUUCUUCCAACUGAAGUAAUUGUUGAAAAAUUUCGUUGGGAUGUAUAUGGUGAUUGAUGAUGAUCCGUUUGGUCAUUUGUCUCUUUUGACUAUAUGUUCGUAUAGAAAACGUUAUGCUGUUUCCUUACUAAUCCCUCAAUCCGAGCCUAGUGGGAAGGAAAUGUAGGAAGGUCUGAAUCUCUCUUUGAAAUUGCCAACACAGAUUGAGAUUGUUCCCACUUUGUCUUGAGUUGACAGUAGCAGCACUUUAAUUGAUUCAUAUUUUGAUCUUUUUUAUCUUC